CUGUUGGAAGCUAAAUUUUCUUCGAUAAACAAGCUACAGUUUGAAAAAAUGGGUGUAAUCCUUCCUCUGCUAUAUAAUGCCGUAUAUCUCGGUGUUACGUUUGAUUUAAUUCAUUAUCGAAAUGGGUAUUUUAAUAUCUACAACGAAUGGAAAGAAAAGACAACAACAGAAAAAGAACAUUAUACAUCUGAAUAUAAAGUAAUUGAAUCAUCUAGAGAUGUGAGAGAAUUUUUUAAGAUAGAUUCCAGAUUAGCUUUGGCAUUAAAAUUAUAUAAAUUUGAAUCGUCAGUGGCUUCCGUUAUAAAACCGUCUGUCAUUCCGAGAGAUAGAAUCGUAGAAAUUCAAUUCAGAGUUCAUUAUCAAAAGGUGGAAGAUACAGUACCUUCAUUUUUAAAACCAAACAACAGCUGGAUUACUCCAAAUCACAAGUACAUUGAUACUCAUUUUGUCAAAAAAAUUAAGAGAGGAGGAGAAUUAACGGCAACUUUGAUAUUUAAUUGUAAUUCCGUUGAACAGAAAGAAAAAGUUUUGCAAAGUAUUUUGAAGCAUAUUCAGAAAUCCGGUACAUUUAAUGAGACAUUUAUCGAUAAAAUUGAUAAUGUUAAAAAAGAACUUGGAAAAUUUUAUCCGCGUUAUAGUUUUCGUGAAAUGAGAUGCUUGGGUUGUUUGAAAAUUCUUCCAACUACUCUCAAAAAUAUGAUACAAAUGGCAAAAGAACUUCCUGAAGGAAUAAGUGAAAUGAAUGCCUUCCCGUUAGAAAUAGAACUUGAAGAAAUUUCCACAGUAUUAGAUUUUCCAAGUUAUAAAGUAAAUGAGUAA